AUGUUUCCUACAGUAAAAGUGUCCAUAUCAAACAUAGACGUCGAUGGUCUCUAUUACAUAUUUCUAGACGUCAUUCCGGUUGACAACAAAAGGUAUCGCUACAUCUACAACAAAUCAGCAUGGCUAACUGCCGGAAAAGCUGAACCAGCACCAAAGAAUCGUUUGUACUUGCAUCCGGAUUCACCGUAUACAGGUGAACAGCUGUUGAAACAAGUGGUAUCGUUUGAAAAAGCAAAACUGACCAAUAAUGAGAUAGACAAAGCUGGUCAUUUGAUCUUGAAUUCUAUGCACAAAUAUCAGCCGAGGAUUCAUGUUGUACGACGAAAUAAAGGGCAACAUUUGGAUCAAAAUAAGGUCAACUUAGCAGAUGAAGUUCAUAGAACAUUUGUUUUUCCAGAAACUCAGUUCAUGGCGGUGACAGCAUAUCAGAAUCAGUUGGUGGGUAUCAUGUCGAUCUUACAGGCUUUUUCCCAAGAUUGCUUUGCCUUGGUUCGAGUUAAACAUUUUAGAAGUGAAUUAGGCACAAAUUAA